GUAUUAAUUGACUCCAGUGGUUUGAAGAGUAUCUCUGUGCGUCAGUAUGUUUCUGAUGUGUGUUUCUGUGUGUCUGUAGAGAGCUGUGAUUCUCCGCUGGUUUCCGCUCUGCCUCAGUCGGCCUUCACAAGCUCAUCAGAGCUGUCCAGCAGUCACGGGCCGGGCUUCGCCAAACUCAACCGCAGAGACGGUAAUUCAACACCUUCAGUCAAUAUUCACUGCUCUGCUUCAUCAUUUGCCCAUUCAUGUCCCGUCGUGCUCUUGAAUAUCCCCAUCUUGGGUCUGGCUGUCCUGAUUAUGAGCGAGACGCAGCGGGCGGCUGGAUUUGGGUUCGCCGGGCUCCACCUGUCUGAUGGCUCUAUCCAUCUGGCUCCGACGCUUUGGCUGCAUUCAGAGCUUUCACUUCCUGUGCUGCCAAUGCGCCGCGGCUCCCGUCCCGAGCAGGUGUCGCUCUUGCCUGGCUCUCUCAGCGCGGCCCACCUCGGCGCCCCACCGCUUGGCCGUUUUAUCGUGAUUUACGAGGGACAGACGCAGCGGGCGGCUGGAUUUGGGUUCGCCGGGCUCCACCUGUCUGAUGGCUCUAUCCAUCUGGCUCCGACGCUUUGGCUGCAUUCAGAGCUUUCACUUCCUGUGCUGCCAAUGCGCCGCGGCUCCCGUCCCGAGCAGGUGUCGCUCUUGCCUGGCUCUCUCAGCGCGGCCCACCUCGGCGCCCCACCGCUUGGCCGUUUUAUCGUGAUUUACGAGGGACAGGCUUUCUCUGGGAACUCGAACGCUGACAGUGUGGUGAUGUACAAACUCCAGCAGCCCGUCAUCGCUCAGUACAUCCGGAUACUGCCGCUCCACUGGAACCCCAACGGCAGGAUCGGCCUGAGACUGGAGGCCUAUGGCUGCCAAUACAAGUCUGAUGUGUAUGAGGAGCUGUUGGAGGUGGUUACUCGUGCCAUAGCCAAGCUGAACAUCGAGUGGACCGCCGAGAAACAGGCUGAGCCACAGAAAAGCAAGCUAGAUGAACUCUUUCUGCGGAGCAAGCCGCCACCUCCACGCCGGAGCCUGCCUUUCUUCCCCGACCUCCACACCGAGGUGUCGAGGUCGUGGGCUAGACCAUUCUCGGCCCGUAUCUCCAGUCAUUAUGCCAAUGUGGCGAGGUUGAGUGAUCACGGUUACAGGGCGAUGCCCCGGUUUGAGCAGACGCUUCCGAGCUAUCUGUCCCCUGGCGCGGCAUCGUCCCUGAAGGCUCCGGCAUUGCCCUCCAAGCCACUGCGGACCACCUCAGCGCUGGCUUAUCAAGCCGACCUGCUGAAAGAGCUGGAUGAGGGCGAGGAGAUUAAGUCUGAGGACAUCACAGAACUCAGACGAACCGCUAAUCUGUCUCUCCGUGCCACCAAAGAGACUGCUUGUGCCAUUGGCAGGGUCUUCCUCAUGGACACUCCGCUUGCGCCUUUUGGUCUGUUCGGUGACGCCAUCAAUUCCGUCGUGGACGGGUACCAGGAGGCUCGUAAACAAGCGGCAGCAUUUCAGCAGUUCCUCCCUCGCCGCUCUCUAGCUCUUGGGGCUGCCAGGCGGGAGCAGCCCCCUCCAUGUACCAGCUCCUCAUACCAGGAGGCUCAAAAGCAGAGCAUCGCCUCCCAUGCUCCCCCGCGUCGGGACUGGGAGCCCCAGCGGCGCUCUAGGCCGGGGUCUUCUAAGACGAAGCCGGAUCUGUGGACCGUUCUUACGUCUAAAAGACCUCGGCCAAGCAGUCCUUGUGGCUCAGGACUUCUGAGGACAGGCCCCUCUGGGGAAGAGGGAAUGAGGGUUACGUACGUCACCGAGACACCUAGCCCAGUAAAGGGGCUGACCAGAAACCCGGGCAAGCUGACACCGAUACUGGGCCUGGUGUCAGACUGCUCCGCCCAGUCUGACUGCCAGGUGUGCUGGAGGAUACUCAUCCAGGGUUCGCCAUCCGGGGAACUUACUGGAGGAGGACUCGUGAACUUCACCGUGGACAAAAACACCCAGCAGUUCCAGCUGCUCGAGUCCUGGAGUCACUCUGAGAUAAACGAGAUCAGUUUCGGUGGAACGUCAGCGGCUGGACUCCAGAAAUCCCACUCCAGAAGAAACUUCCACGGCUGCUUGGAAAACGUGCUUUACAACGACAUCAGCGUGAUCGAGCGAGCCGAAGAGCAGCAGGUCUUCAUCACAGGGAACGUCAGCUUCACAUGCACCGAAGCCAUAGACGUGCCGAUGACCUUCGCCAGUCCUGGAAGUUUCCUCGCUUUGCCGUGGGUCUCCGGUGGAGAAAGCGCGUCGGUCGCUCUGCAGUUCAGGACCUGGAACAGAGCGGGCCUGCUGAUGACCUUUGACCUGCAGCAUAACGCGGGAACGCUGUGGCUCUAUCUGAGCGAGGCCAGAGCGCGACUGCAGAUCCAUAAGACCGGCCGGAUCGUGACGGACAUCACCGCAGGUGCCAGUUUAAAUGACGGUCAGUGGCACUCGCUGGAGCUGGCUGUCCGUCGAGGGCGUCUCGCAGUCACCCUGGACAAAACCGACAGCUCUACAGCGUCCACUUCCUUCCCUGUCGUGCCUGACAGCCAGCUAUUCUUAGGCGGAUGUCCGGACACAGAAGACUGCAGCGGCUGCAGAAACCCGUUCAGUGUUUUCCAAGGAUGCAUGCGUCUCAUCCGGACGAACGGCGCUUUAGUGGAUCUCAUCCGAGUGCAGCAGAUGUUGUUUGGGAAUUUUAGCGAUCUGCAGAUGGACAUGUGUGGGAUCGUCGACAGAUGCUCCCCGAGUCGCUGUGAACACGGAGGGAGAUGCUCGCAGUCGUGGAGCACGUUUCACUGCAACUGUUCUGCCACGGGCUACAGCGGAGCGACCUGCCACAGCUCCAUUUACGAAGCGUCGUGUGAAGCGUACAAACACAAAGGAAACACGUCUGGCUUUUACUACAUCGACAUGGAUGGAAGCGGCCCCAUCAAACCUCAGCUAAUCUACUGCAACAUGUCAGAUAAAGCAUGGAUGGUGAUCCAACAUAAUAACAUGGAGCUCACCAAAUUAAAAGCAUCCUCUGGGAUAGAUCAGCAUUUAGCCCACUUUAACUAUUCUGCCAACGCAGAGCAGAUCCAGGCGAUAAUUACCCAGGCGGAGUACUGCGAGCAGGAGCUCUCCUACCACUGCAAAAAGUCAAGGCUCUUGAACACACCAGAUGGCGCUCCGUUCAGCUGGUGGGUGGGCCGGUCGGGUGAGGCGCACAUGUACUGGGGUGGCGCGGUGCCGGGCAGUCAGCAGUGCGCCUGUGGCCUGCAGGAGAACUGUGUGCAUCCCGAACACUUCUGCAACUGUGACGCCGACAGCAAAGAGUGGUCGAAUGACUCCGGGCUGCUGUCCCAUAAAGAGCAUUUGCCGGUGCGAGCGCUGGCUGUGGGUGACAUCAACAGAUCGGGUUCAGAAGCGGCCUACAGAGUGGGACCCCUGCAGUGUUACGGUGACAAUAACUUCUGGAACGCUGCCUACUUCAACAAGGAGACGUCGUACCUGCACUUUCCCACGUUCCACGGGGAGCUGAGCGCCGAUAUCUCCUUCCUGUUUAAGACCAGCUCUUCAUCGGGAGUGUUUCUGGAGAACCUGGGGAUCAAAGACUUCAUCCGGAUCGAACUGAGCUCCCCGACUCGAGUGCUCUUCUCGUUCGACGUGGGGAACGGUCCUCUGGAGGUGAAGGUGGAGACGCCGGCGACUCUGAACGACGAGCGCUGGCAUCACGUGAGAGCCGAGAGGAACGUGAAGGAGGCCUCGCUGUAUGUGGACCAUCAUCCCGGCGUCGUUCAGAAAGCCCCCGCUGACGGACACAUUCAUCUGCAGCUCAACAGCCAGCUGUUUGUAGGCUGUGAUGCUGUGACUCUCAAUGCCAGUGCUUUCUGUGAAGCUGAAGAUCUGUUGACCUUGACCGAGCAGCUGGCAAAUCUGAAAGGUGUCUGUGUGUUGGAGGAAUUCAGCGCGAAUGAAUUGAAGUUUUCCUGCUGUGAUGCUGUGACUCUCAAUGCCAGUGCUUUCUGUGAAGCUGAAGAUCUGUUGACCUUGACCGAGCAGCUGGCAAAUCUGAAAGGUGUCUGUGUGUUGGAGGAAUUCAGCGCGAAUGAAUUGAAGUUUUCCUACGUUUCUGCCUUCUUCAAACCUGGAACGUCAGUCACGUACACGUUCAAAGAGCCGUACAAGCUGAACAGGAACGUCAGCGCUCAGUCGUCCUCCAUCUACUCAGAUUUAACGCUGAGAGCAGAGAACGUUUCGCUGAGCUUCAGGACGAGCCAAGCGCCGGCGCUGCUGCUUUACAUCAGCUCAUACUACAGAGAGUUCCUCGCCGUCCUGCUCGACAGAAACGGACAUUUGGACAUCAAGUACAAACUGCAGCACAACAGAGACGCGGAGGUUUUCCGAGCCAGCGGCAGGAAUCUGGCCAACGGGCAGCUGCACCGCGUGAGCGUCCAGAGACUGACAGAGACGCUCAGUAUUCAGGUCGAUCAGCAUGCAAAGGAAUAUUUCAAUCUAACAUCGGACACUGAAUUCAACGCCAUCAAAUCGAUUGUCUUGGGAAAAGUGAUCGAAUCAGGUGAAGUGGAUCCAGAGAUCGCCCGUCUGAAUGCUCUGGGCUUCACCGGCUGUUUGUCUGUGGUCCAGUUUAACUCCAUCUCUCCGCUGAAGGCGGCUCUGCUGUAUCCAGACACCAGUCCUGUCAUAGUCACUGGACCGCUGAGCGAAUCCAGCUGUGGCUCGUCUUUACCGACAAACCCCUACGCCGCUGAGACCACUCAUUCUCUCACAGAUCAUGUGGGUACAGUAGGUACGGGUGAGCCCAUAGUCAAUGCUAUCAACAGUGACUCGGCUUUGAUCGGAGGUGUCAUUGCCGUCGUGAUAUUUGUGAGUCUGGCCGCGCUGGCUGUGAUGGCGCGAUUCCUGUACCGGCGGAAAGAAACGUUUCAGCCCCAAGAGCCCAAAGCAGACAAAAACGACGACAGUCCCGAAAUGCCCUUUAACACGGAUCCGAACUCACAGAGCAUUAUCAGUGAUAACCAAAAAGAGUAUUUCAUAUGACGCUCUUUCACCUCGUAUCGGACUAAUCCAGUUAAACCGACGGACUGAAAUGCCUUGUCGAGUCUAGGGACAUUAACAUUCACGGUGCAUUAUGGGAAACCGACCGAGAGACUGGGGCUGCUGAAGUGGAGCGACGCGUCCCUCCGUUUUUGCCCUUUUUGUACAUAAAACAGUUAUUGUCCAGAGAUCUGGCACAAUAGUACGGUUUCUAAGGUGUGUAUAAUGACAUUCAUUGGUUGUAAAU